UCAAAAAGUCCGCGCACAACUUUCCUCGUCACCUCACUCAUUUCCCGUGCGCAGGAGAAGCUGGACGGAGCGUAUCACGUACCGGUAAUGGGCUCUUCACUUGGCUGCAGGAAAAUCUUCCAGUUUUUUCGUGUGUUCGCUCUGGAAAGGCUUCUCUUCAAGCUGAGGGGAUAGUUGUUACUUGGGCAGGUGAGGGCCCAAAUAACCGGUCGAUGACACCCAAGACGCGCCAGGAGGAGCAUCCAUCUGGAGGACAGGGAGCUUUAAACGCAGCGAGUGCAGGUCAAUAUUCUUAAUAUAGGAUUAUUUCAAACAAGAAAGAAAGAAAAAAAGUUUCGACGCAUUGCAGAAGUUACUGAGCUGUGCGUAAAAUGCGUGCGUAAAGUUAAUGCCACUUUAAAUAAGUCAAGUUCUUGAAGCGCGAUUUGGUAUUAGCUAGGCAAUCAUGGCAAAAUGGUUUAGAGACUUCCCCAUCAAUCUGAAGAAUGGCAGCGAACGAGUCCGCUCGGCCUCCGAAUCGGGCCCACAAACACGACACAAACCUUCAUUCUCCCGCGACAGCCUGAAGGGAACCCUGCGUAAAGAUAAUGGAGUGGCUGCUUUGCUGGCCGGGAGAAAUCGGAAGAACUCAGCUACGGAGUUGGGCCGUAACCACAACACCGGUUCUGCAGGUGGAACCGUGUGGGAAACUCUGGCGCCUGGAAAAAAUCGUAAGAGCUCCUCCAAGUUGGAGGCGCCCGAGGAGAAGACUCAGACCAGGACCACCAGCCUGGCUCAGGCUUACAUUAGCAGGAUGAUCAAAGUGGACAAACAAGACAAGACCCCCAAAGUGAACGAGAAAAGUGAGCAGACUAAAACCGACACCGACAGUGGACGCUCUGCCAUUAAAACAACACUGAUUAUCCUCGAGGACUACGCCGAUCCGUUUGACGCGGAGAAAACGAAGGAACAGAGGGAGGCGGAGCGAGCUGGAGUCAAUGACGGUUACAUGGAGCCUUACGACGCCCAGGUGAUCAUCACAGAGGUUCGCCGCCGAGGCUCCAAAGACCUCCUCAAAGUGUGCGUGCUGCUCGACCGAGGCCAAGCGACGGGGAAGGGAGAGGAGGGCAGGCCGCCUCUGCCGCCGCCACCCAACAUCUACGACACGCCGUACGAAGGCAGACUGGAGGGCGACAGCGAGGGCGUGUGGAUCCCCGUCACACGACCGGAGUCUGACAUCCGCCCGGCCGCCGAGUACGAGCUACCCUGGGAGUGGAGGAAGGAGGACAUUGUUCGAGCCCUGUCAGCCCAGUUUGAGGCAGUGGAUUGUUCCCCCGCUAAAGAGAUUGGUCGCCAGCAGCAGCAACAACAACAGCAGCAGCAAACUUUGAGGCAGAAGAACUGGACGCACAAAACGCUAGUGUCCAGCUCCUCUUCCUCCUCCUCCUCCUCGCCUUCCUUUCCCUCGUCGCCCAUUCUCAAGCUUUCCCCGAUAACGAGCUCGUCCCCGUCGUUCCCCACCCUGAGAGUCUCGCCCUCCUCCUGCCCCAACAAACCUCCCUCUCCUACCUCGCCCAACGCCCCGCUGGAUGGGGAGGCGGCUAAAGUGGACCCCGGCCUGCCGUUGGAUAAGCAGAGCUGGUACCAUGGCAGCGUGAGUCGGCAGCAGGCUGAGGCUCAGCUGCAGCGCUGCAGGGAAGCCAGCUUCCUGGUGAGAGACAGCGAAUCAGGAACCAGCAAGUACUCCAUCGCUCUCAAGACCAGUCAGAGCUGCGUGCACAUCAUCGUGGCCCAAACCAAGAGCAGCAAGGGUCUGGGUUACACUCUGGAUCAGAGUAGCUGCGUCUUCAGCAGCAUCCCUGAACUGGUGCACCACUACCGCUCGCACAGACUUCCUUUCACCGGGGCCGAGCACAUGACCCUGCAGCACGCCGUGCAAAGGUCGCAUUUGUAACCGGCGUGAUACGUUUACUCAAAGAUGUGCUGCUGAGGAAUGUACCAUUUUAUUCGAAAGGGGGGGGGAGGGUUAACUUCAAGCUGCCAGUUUUACUGUCGGCUUUACCAAGACGCUUUAGAGGUGCUGACACGAUCAAGUGCAAUGCCAGACAAUUAGACUGGCUUUGUAAGAUCUAUACGAGUGAUUGGAGUAUAGCCAUUCGUCCAUCCGCGCCUGUCAGUCAACGUAUUGAUCCGUCCUGAAAAUGAGGCUCGUUUGCCAGCCAAUCUGGACGUCAAGAGAAAGAGUUUUAGGAGUGAUUAGAUGCCUCGGAAGGGUUAAGGUGGUCGUAAUCUUGCGAGUCGGCACAAUUGCCAAAGAAUGCUGAGGUGUGCGAAUAAAAGCGGGACAGUGAUAUGAAUAUUCGGCCUAUUGCUGAUGAAAAAGCGCCUUCCCGUUAGUUUGCCUUUUUAAGUGCUCUGAGUGCCAGGCUAAAUUUACAAAGACAUGUUUAUGAUUAUUAUAUAUUGAGCAUUUGCGGAUUAAACAUUUUGGGGCUUUUAUGAUUUUUUUCCCAGUCCUUCAAUGAUGCCUGUAUGAUGUGACUGAUUACUUUAGCAGCCCCCCCAAUUGUGAUGAAAGCUGUAUAUUCUUGUUGUAAGCAUAUACCCAGUAAAUAAAGUUGCAUUUGUCACCGUG